AUGCAGUCUGACCCGCUGAGGUCAAAUCCGGCUUUCCCCAAUACAACCCCCCACGCAGAGUCAACAUUGACCCCCGCCCAACUGACUGUGCCUGAGCCGUACAACGGCGAGAGUGACGAGGAGGAGAUGGACCAGCGCAGCACGUCUAGCUUCAACAGCUACGCCACCAGCAGUGUCAGCGCCGGCUCGUCUUUCGGCGACUACGGCCUGCAUCGCGCUCUGAACAGCGUUGUGGUGCCAAACGAAGACAAUCCCAUUGCGACAGUCAAGGACCGUAAGAACGCCAACUACCUUGAGCGCCUCGGUCACCAAGACGCGCAUCUUCGCGCCGAGAUAAAGGAAGCCUUCGCCACCUACGAGAAAGCCGCAGAAGACCGUGACGACAACAGCGACCCGAAGAAAGAGGCCUUCCGCAACCGCGAGUAUUUCGAAGCCAGUGUCAGGCUUGCGCGCGCCUCUCAGGAGUACACCUUCUUCCAAGCAGACCUCAAUGAGCUUCGCGACCUGCCAAAACUGAGCCGUGACGAAAUGAAGCGUUUCUUCACCAAUAUCAAGGCCCAAGAGAGACUCGAUCGCGCUGAGGAGAACAACACGACGAUGCGCGAGAAGCUUCGCCAGACUCAGUCGAGCGUGACGAGCUCAGUCGCAACACCGGCGCGCUUCAGGUACCUGACCAUCCUCACUCUUGAACUCUCAGAGCAUGUUGCAUACCAGGCGCAUCUUCUCACGCACAAGACUAGCCAGAUCGACAGACUCUCCGAGCAUACGCAGUAUGUUGAGCAUCUCAAUGAUACGCUGAGGCGCGACUACAUGGCAGUAUGCGACACUCUUGUCAGACACAAUGAGCAUGUCAACCAGCUCAAUGAGAACCUGCAGCGUCGCAUGACUUUCUGCGCCAACGAGAAUGAGGCGCUGAAGCACACCCUCGACCAGCAGAACAAGAAUUGCCAGACCUUGAUGCAGUAUGGCAAUGAAGUUAAGGGCAAGAAUAACGAUGUCGCCGAUCUCCAAUACGGCACCACCGGUUUGCAUACCACCAUCGAUGACCUGCAGCAUGACAACGUCGAGCUUCAACGCGAUAUCACGGGCCUGCAGCUGAACAUGGGAAGCCUCCAGAGUCUCCAGCAAGAGAACGAGGACCUCAAGAACGAGAACGUCGAGCUCCAGCGAGACCUCGAUUACCACAAGGGCUACGUCAAGACCCUCGAAACCAAGCUGUACAAGUCCGAGCUUCAUAUUCAGGACAUCAACAAGGCGCUUGGUACGGCCAAAAUCAUGGCGUCGCAGCGCAAAGACGAAGCCGAGAAGCUGCGCAUUACCGCCAAAGAUCUCAACGAAGCUCUCGAGAACGCGCUUGGUCAGAUGGAGCAGUUGCAGCUCGUCAAUAACCAGCACAUGCGCAACCAGGAGCACCAGCAGGGCGUCAUGGCCAGGAUGCGCGCGUCGAACAACUACCUCCGCAGCGAGUUCAAGGAUCUCCUGCGCUCUCAACCCAUAGCUCGCCGCAAUGCUACCAGCGGCGCAACCAGUGGCGCCAGUGCUGGUCGGAACGGCGAGAUGGCCUCACCAGGUGAGCACGGCGGUUUCCACGUCAGAAAAGCCCACAAGGCUUCGCACUCCCUACCAGCGCAUAAACUACAGGAUUGAGGUAGAUUGGAAAGCGUGGAGUUGGAAAGUAAUGUACUCUAGUCCGAAUUUUGGAGAUGGAAUCGCUGGUGGGCUCCCAUAGCAAAGGCCGGCAUCCUCAAAUGGCAAAUUGUACAACACUCAUCCAGGUCAUUUUCAUCCUCGCCGUCAUCCCAUGCUGCGUCCUCGUCGCUGUCGAACAUGACGUUUUCGGCCUCUUCGAUGCUUUUCUUUGCUAUACUGCUUUUGUCUGGGAUAUGCUCUGAUUUCACGUCCACUGACGAAGGCGGCGUGUCAGCGUCCGUCACACGAAAGUCCCUAAGCACAUCUUCCUGCUUUCUGAACAUGCAGCCAAUGUCCCGCCCAUUCGCGGUUUUGCUGUCGCCUGCAGUUUCUGCCAUGUUGGUCACAGCCAGGUUUAUCAGGCUCAGAUUCCAACCUGCCUUUUCUGGAUGCAAUUUCCUGAACAGACCGACCAGGGCUUCCUUCACCAAUUUCUCGGCCAAAGCGUCCACACUUUCUGUCAGGCGGAAGACAAAGUUUGGCAGGGGCCCGGAAUGCGAGAUGCGCUUGAACGAGCGUUGCCUGGUGCCAUCAGGUUGUAGGGGUUGUCGUGGUCUUGUUGUUAUACGCAGCACCUUUGGUCGUGCCAGCCAUUUCUUUCCCUCUACGGACACAGAGUUGCUGACACUUGUGAUGUCUUGAUCAGCAGGCUGAUCGUCCUGCGACUCGAAAUCGUCGUCUUCGCCAAGCAAAUCUAUGCGCAUACGAGUGAGGAGUGAUUGCGCAAGAUGCAUCAAUUCCUUCAACAACUCUGGCAUCGUGUCCAAACGGAUGUAACUGUCCUCAAUACUGAUCUGCCUUGGCACGGCUCUUGCUGCGCUGACCUCACUGUCAUCUAUCCCGUGCAAGAGGCACCACAUCUUGUAGCCUAUACCAUGAGCUGAGCCUGGACCGGAUAAGAGCUUUUCCAACAUCUGCGCAUCGACAUCAGGAUGAUUGCGAACAUCAGCGACAGUGACCUUCUCCUUCGUGCAGCCGUACACAAGGCCAUCGUCAAACUCUGGAGGCCGCUGCAAUAUGAACUCUCGGAGCUUCUGCGCAAACUUGAACCCAAUGCCUGGCACCUUUCCAAUCUCAUGGUCAUCCAUGAAGGUAAUUGCGUUGCUGACAUGACCAUCUACUGCAGCGAGUGGUGGCAUAACAGUAGUCUGACCUUUCGGCUUG